CCAAGAUGAAUCAACAGCUAUUUAGGAUAUGGCAGCUUCUAGUCCUGAUGGCAUUUAUCCCACAUUCAAUUGAAGUGAACUACGAGUUUUCAUUGGAGGAUGAGCGUGUUACCAGUGAUUGCCAAAACGAACCACCCGAAACACUGAACAUCGAUGGAUUGUUCGACAUGUCAAAUAUGAACUUUGAAAUGACUGAGGACGGAGUGACACUAUCGGGAUACAAGACCGUCGUGUGGGAUAUUCAGCCAACAGAUCGAGUUGAACUACAAGGAAGCGUUCUGUACUACGAUCGUGGCACCUGGCAACCAACCACCCUCAACAUGUUGGUCAAGGACAUUUGCCACGUUUUGUUCGAUAAGAAGCAGGUGUGGUACAAUGCGUAUAGUAAGCAUAUAACCAAUUUCGCACACAUAAAUGACACCUGCUUUAGAGUGAAAGGAAGUGUCAUCGAAUUUGAAACCUAUACGAUCAGUUUGGAAUUCGGCAGUGGAAUGACAUUGCAAAGAGGCCGCUAUGCAAUCCGUUUGAAGUUCAGGGCGUUUGAUAAAAAUGGAAAGAUAAGGCCAAACGAAAUUUGUUUUGAAAUCAAGGGUCAGUUCUCUAAGAAAAGUUUUGGCUAA